GCACGAUGCAGAAGAGCGUGCGCUGCAACGAGGGGCACGCGCUGUUCCUGGCGGCGCUGGCCCGCAAGGAGGGCGCCAAGCGCGGCUUCCUCAGCAAGAAGACGGCGGAGACGAGCCGCUGGCACGAGAAGUGGUUCGCGCUCUACCAGAACCUGCUCUUCUACUUCGAGGGCGAGCAGAGCGCGCGGCCCGCCGGCAUGUACCUGCUGGAGGGAUGCAGCUGCGAGCGGGCGCCCGCCCCCAAGGCCGCCGCCGCCGCCAGCGCCCGGGACCCCGCGCUUGACAAGCAGCAUUACUUCACUGUUCUCUUUGGCCAUGAAGGUCAGAAGCCACUGGAGCUCCGUUGUGAAGAAGAAACUGAUGGGGAUGAAUGGGUAGAAGCUAUUCACCAAGCUAGUUACUCAGACAUUCUGAUUGAGAGAGAAGUGUUAAUGCAGAAGUAUAUUCAUCUAGUUCAGAUUGUAGAAACUGAAAAGAUUGCAGCCAAUCAGCUUCGACAUCAACUUGAAGAUCAAGACACGGAAAUUGAAAGGCUUAAAUCUGAGAUUGUAGCUCUCAAUAAAACCAAGGAACGAAUGCGGCCAUAUCAAAGCAACCAAGAAGACGAAGAUCCAGAUAUAAAAAAAAUUAAAAAGGUUCAGAGCUUUAUGCGAGGCUGGUUGUGCAGAAGAAAAUGGAAGACCAUUGUCCAAGAUUAUAUUUGCUCUCCCCAUGCAGAGAGCAUGAGAAAGAGAAAUCAGAUAGUUUUUAACAUGGUCGAAGCUGAAUCUGAAUAUGUGCAUCAACUUUAUGUUCUUGUGAACUGUUUUCUCAGGCCAUUAAGAAUGGCAGCAAGUUCGAAGAAACCACCUAUUAGUCACGAUGAUGUUAGUAGCAUUUUUCUCAACAGCGAAACUAUAAUGUUUCUUCAUGAAAUAUUUCAUCAAGGAUUAAAAGCAAGAAUAGCAAAUUGGCCUACAUUAAUUUUAGCUGAUUUAUUUGAUAUUCUGCUGCCAAUGCUGAACAUUUAUCAAGAAUUUGUUCGGAAUCAUCAGUACAGUCUACAAGUACUAGCAAACUGUAAGCAAAACAGAGAUUUUGACAAACUCUUGAAGCAAUAUGAAGCUAACCCAGCAUGUGAAGGAAGAAUGCUGGAAACGUUCCUUACUUAUCCCAUGUUUCAGAUUCCUAGGUACAUCAUAACGCUUCACGAACUUCUGGCUCACACACCCCAUGAGCAUGUGGAAAGAAAAAGCCUUGAAUUUGCCAAAUCUAAGCUAGAAGAACUUUCAAGGGUGAUGCACGAUGAAGUAAGUGACACAGAAAACAUCCGGAAAAAUCUAGCCAUAGAAAGAAUGAUAGUAGAAGGCUGUGAUAUAUUGCUAGAUACCAGCCAAACUUUUAUACGUCAAGGUUCCCUUAUUCAAGUCCCUUCAGUUGAGAGAGGGAAACUGAGUAAAGUUCGUCUGGGAUCAUUGUCUUUGAAAAAAGAAGGAGAAAGACAAUGCUUCUUAUUUACAAAACACUUUUUAAUUUGUACAAGAAGUUCAGGAGGAAAACUGCAUCUGCUUAAGACAGGAGGUGUUCUCUCUUUAAUAGACUGCACAUUGAUUGAAGAGCCAGAUGCAAGUGACGAGGACUCAAAAACUUCUGGUCAAGUGUUUGGACAUCUUGAUUUCAAGAUUGUAGUUGAAUCUUCCGACGCUCCUCCUUUUACUGUGGUCCUUUUAGCCCCUUCACGUCAGGAAAAAGCUGCAUGGACAAGUGAUAUAAGUCAGUGCAUUGACAAUAUAAGGUGUAAUGGUUUAAUGACCAUAGUGUUUGAAGAAAACUCUAAAGUCACUGUGCCGCAUAUGAUCAAAUCUGAUGCUCGUCUUCAUAGAGAUGACAUUGAUAUCUGCUUCAGCAAAACAUUAAAUUCCUGCAAAGUGCCCCAAAUUCGUUAUGCAAGUGUGGAGCGCCUUUUGGAGAGAUUAACGGACUUGCGCUUUCUUAGUAUUGAUUUCCUGAAUACUUUUCUGCAUACUUACCGUAUAUUUACUACUGCAGCAGUUGUACUGGAGAAACUCUCAGAUAUAUACAGAAGACCUUUCACCUCCAUUCCAGUCAGGUCUUUGGAACUGUUUUUUGCUACAAACCAAAACAACAGAGGAGAACAUCUGGUUGAUGGAAAGUCGCCACAUCUUUGUCGCAAAUUUUCUUCUCCUCCACCACUAUCACUCUCAAGAACUUCUUCCCCUGUCAGAACCAGAAAACUCUCAUUGACUUCACCACUGAACUCUAGAAUAGGGGCUUUAGAUCUCUCUACUUCCUCCAUUGCAAGCAGUCCUACCUCAACAUACAGCCCAGCCACAUCCCCACCACCCACUGCUAGCAAAGUACCACUGGACCUCAGCAAGGGGCCUUCUUCCCCAGAACAGAGUCCAGGAUCUAUAGAAGAGAAUUUAGAUAAUCCUCGCAUUGAUCUUUGUAACAAGCUGAGAAGAAGCAUUCGGAGAGCAGUUCUGGAGUCUGUUUCAGUGGACAGAACCAUUCCUGAAAGCACCUCAGCAGUGGAUACACCUGAGCUAUCCCCAUGCAGAUCUCCCUCAACUCCACGACAUCUCCGCUACUGGCAACCAGGGGUACAGACUGCUGAUAACAGCCACUGCUCUGUUUCUCCUGCUUCUGCUUUUGCUAUUGCUACAGCUGCAGCAGGGCACGGGAGUCCACCAGGAUUUAACAACUCUGAACGAACAUGUGACAAGGAAUUUAUAAUACGCAGAGCAGCCACUAAUCGUGUCCUGAAUGUCUUGCGUCAUUGGGUCUCCAAACAUUCUCAGGAUUUUGAGCUAAACAAUGAGCUGAAAAUGAAUGUGCUUAAUUUGCUGGAGGAGGUUUUGAGAGACCCAGAUCUUCUUCCACAAGAAAGAAAAGCUACAGCAAACAUAUUGAGGGCCCUUUCUCAGGAUGAUCAGGAUGAUGCCCAUUUAAAAAUAGAGGAUAUAAUUCAGAUGUUAGAAUGUCCAAAACCGGAGUGCUUUGAGACUUUGUCAGCCAUGGAGCUUGCAGAGCAAAUAACUCUCUUAGAUCACAUAGUAUUCAGAAGCAUACCUUAUGAAGAGUUUCUUGGGCAGGGCUGGAUGAAAUUGGAUAAAAAUGAAAGAACACCAUAUAUUAUGAAAACCAGUCAACAUUUUAAUGAUAUGAGUAACCUUGUUGCCUCACAAAUCAUGAACUAUGCUGAUGUUGGCUCCCGUGCUAACUCAAUUGAGAAGUGGGUAGCAGUGGCAGAUAUUUGUCGAUGUAUGCACAACUAUAAUGGUGUUCUAGAAAUCACAUCAGCCUUUAACAGAAGUGCAAUCUACAGGCUGAAGAAAACCUGGGCUAAAGUUUCUAAGCAGACAAAAGCUCUCAUGGAUAAACUUCAGAAGACUGUCUCAUCUGAGGGAAGAUUUAAAAAUCUUAGAGAAACACUAAAAAACUGUAAUCCCCCUGCAGUUCCUUACCUUGGAAUGUACUUGACAGACCUAGCAUUUAUUGAAGAAGGAACACCAAACUUCACUGAGGAGGGUCUGGUCAAUUUUUCCAAAAUGAGAAUGAUAUCGCAUAUUAUCAGGGAGAUACGCCAGUUCCAGCAGACCUCUUACCGUAUAGAGCAUCAACAGAAGGUCACUCACUAUUUACUUGACAAGAGCCUCAUCAUAGAUGAAGAUACUUUGUAUGAACUAUCCCUAAAGAUUGAACCUAGACUCCCUGCCUGAGAAGCCAGCUUUGUCCCUAAGUCUGCAGAAAGAUUUAGUGAAUGAACAAAAUUAUGCAUGCCAAAGCCUACAGCAAGGGGAAGGAUUGAGAAGAAUGAAAGCUCUCUUUUCCAAUAAGGGAGAUUUAGCCUCACAGAAAUUCCCUUUCAAGCAAGGAAAAUCAGCUGUUUGAGGUGAAAGACAGAAUGCUUCAGACAUGGGUUAAGUGAUAAUGCUUUGCAAAGGGGACUGUGCAUCUAACAGAAAACAGAAGGUUUUUGUGUGAACAGGUACUUUUAAUGUGACAAAAAGGGGACAAUUCUAAAUAUAGGUACCUUAGUCUAUUAGAUUAAGAUAAAUGGGCAAGACAAAUGGCAUUGAUUUGGUAUAGGUUGCUCAUCAAAUAUGUAUCUACUGAGGCAUUCGCAGGAUUAAUCCGGUCUCGUUAGUUUAUGUUCAUUGCAAAUAAUAGGACCUUAAGAAUCAUUAACUAACCUUCAAUGGAAGCAGUAUAACAUCUAAAAACAUGAGCUCUACAGCAUAUGCUGGUUUAAAAAAAUGUUAUUUAGUUUUCCUUCAUAGAAUAUUAUGUUUUUAAAAUGUCUUAUCUGCCUUUUAUAAGGCAGAGGAUUUUACAUAUUACAAAUUAGCUUCACUUUGUAAAUAUUUUUUCACUACAUGAUGAGGACAUUUACUGAAUGGAAAGUAAUGUUUUCAGGUAAUUGCUUGGGUAAUUGCUGGCCAUGGGCAUCUGAACAAGACAAUGUGAGUGUGGGAGUUGUUCUUGGGUCAGCAGUGUCCAGGUUCAGGGUGGGCGUGAAGAGCAUGUAAUGAAUGACACAAAUUUUGCUUCUGAUAAAGAUGUUUGAGUUCUCUGUACCUUUUGUACACACUUUGGGUUUGAGCAUCCUGGACAAUUCAAUCAAUGAAGCACCUUCUAUACACACUGUGAGAGGAAAUAUCUGUCUGACCUAGCAAUGGUCAGCAAUGAAGAGUGCAAAUAGCUAUUUUGUCUUACCUGAAGUGAAUGGUUUGAAAAGCAUUCUAUUUCUGCUCAGUUAUUUAACACUGAUUCCACCGAUCAGUUCUAAUCUCUUUCCUCCAUGGUGAAGUUUGACUGUCAGGAAACACAAUGUAUAAUGUUCAUUGGGGAAGUCAGCUUUUGCAGAUGAGCCUCAGUUAGAGGAAAAAGUACUUUUUGUAACUGUUUUAAAACCCAUGCUAGUGUGUGAUAUCAGGUAGAAUUCACUUCUGAAACUAAAUGAUGUUUCCUCAAGUUUCCAAGAGCGGCCUGUUAUGGUUGCUUGGAAAUGAGUUCAAGUGCAUCCCGUAGAGUACAUCAUAAAACAAAAUGCAGGUAUUAUCACUGUUGAAUAACUAGGCUGGAAAAGUGUCCUUUCUUUUCCAAUGAUUAUCAGCCAGUUGAAGAAAUAGGGCUAUAUCACUGUUUGCCUCCCUUAAAUCCUCUCAGGGAGAUGGAUGUUUUAAAAGAAGAUUGUGACCUGGGCCUAUUUGAUCUGACAUUUCUUACUCCAAUUAUGAUGCUUCUUAAGGCUAACAAUGAAAAAUGGAUCUGCCUGGCUUGUGCUUUCUUUGUCUUUAUUUGCACUUUAAUUACAUUGUUAGCUCAGCCAAGAGCUGUACAAUAAAUUCUAUUUGUUCUGUCUAAGUGUAAACGCUAGCAUUUAUAAAUGUAACUUUGCAGCUGUAAAUUUAAUUAAGUUUCCUGCACCACAAGGACCGUCUUUGUAAAUAACUGCACGAAUAAACAUCCAAUAAGUACUAGAAGAUUCCUCAAUAAAAAUAAAAUAAGGAGGAUACUUCUAGAAGCAUCUUAGUUCUGAUUAAUGAAUGCUAUAGUAAUGAACUUGGAAAGUAUUAUUUAUAGAAGCUCUUUAUUUUUUAAAAAAGUUGCUUGUUUAUUACAUUAGUGACCAAUACAAAGGUGAUUGCAUCUCAGUGCAUGGCAAAAAGAAAAAGCAUGGGUUAUAUGGACCAUAAAAUCAACUUACUGUAUAUGUUCUGUUAAAAAAAUUACCAUAAAUCAAUUGUAUAAAAUGCCUCAAAGUCAUGCAGCAGAAAACAGAAGCAGAAGAAAUAAUAGCGCUAAAAGCAAGUUUCCAGCUUGGCUUUAUUUUUUAUCUCCAUUCACAAAGAAAAUGUGAGUGUACAUGUCAUCAUUGACAUUUGUGGCAUCUCCUUCACUUUCUUGUGUCCCAUUUCAUCAGAAUUUUGUGGUAGAGCAUGAUGGCCCCAUCAGGGAUGAUCUUAGGAUACAAAAGGAAGUUCCUCUAUGUCUUCUCCCAUUAUUCUAUUUAUUUUACAUUCUCCACAGAAACUGAAAUUAAACUCUUUGUUAUUAGAAUUAUAUGUACAAAUGGCAGCAUAAACUAUAUGCUGCCUACAUAUAACUUCUUCCAGUUUCAAAGUAUUUAAUAAAUAUUAACUAAUUGUUUCUUGCAGCACUGUUGGAAAGUUAGCAAAUUAUCCUAGUAUCCCCAAUUUCACAUGAAAUAAAACAAGAGGCUAAGGGGUGAUUUUUCACAGGUGCUGAGCAUAAACAAUUUGAGAUUAUUGGGCACUGCUGGUGCUCAGCACCUCUGAAAAAUCAGGAGUAAGUAACUUACCCACAUCUAUACAGUAAACCAGUGGCAGAGUUGACCUGAUAUCUCUAGAAUAGCUGGGUCUUGGCCUGAUGUUUAGACGACCAGAAAAUAAUGGCUACCGUAUACAUGGGAAGAGGUUAGACACAGAAAGAAUUCCAUAUAGCCACAAGGGUGGCUACUCCAAAAUGUGAAUAUGUGUCUUGUUAGCCAUAGUUAUAGAUAACAUUUGCAUCUGCUCACAAAGCUUGAAACGUGGGCUUUGUGCCAGGGUUGUAUAUGGACAUCGCAGGAUAGUAUCCUCCUGGUAGGUUGGACCUACUAUCAGGUGCUGCAGUCUCUGCAGUAAUAGACAACAUAUUCCAGUGUGCUCCUUGGCUCUGAUUGGCACCUGCAUAAUAUACUUAUCCAACAACCAGUCAGACGGACUGUGGUGUUCCCCCUCCUCACCUACAUGUGCUGUAUAAUAUUGUGGCUCAUCUGCUUCUUUUGCUUUUCACUAAAGGAAAGUGCAGGGAGAGAAUGGGCAUGAUUGGCUUGUCUACUUCUUUGCAUACAUCCUGGGUCAAUCGUGCUUCUGUUACACAAGUUGUCCUGCUCACAUAAGUGGGGCUACCUGGAGGAUUUAUUCCCUUGUGAUUGGAAAAUUUGCCCUCAAUUGUUAUCCUGGUGAGUCAAACAUAGAAAUCAUAUGCUAUGCUUCAGGCAGGCAGGGAGCUGCAUCCAGGGUUGGGUUUGGGAUCUUAGGGCAGUAACAGCAUGGGGCCAGGCCUGGGGCAGAGCCACGAUCCCCUCCCCAAAAUGACCCUGCCCAUAGAACUUGUGCCCAUCACAGAGGUAGGUAUACAUGCAGUGGAUUGCAGCUCUGCCCUGAACCCUGGCCCUGCACUGUCACUGUCCUAAGAUCUCCUGGCCCUGCUUACAUGUCUCUCUCCUGAACACUGCUCCCCACCCACCCACAUCCCCAUCCCACUCACUCAUCCAAGUGCCCUGCCCACGUGGGUCCUACCCCUAAGGGUGGGUGCAGGAAUGGACAGGUUGGGGUGUCCAGACAGCAGGGCCAGGUCUGGUGGCUGCGGCAGUCAGAAGGAGCUGCAGCCACCAGAGCUGCCAGGAAAUAGAGUCCAGCGGCUAUGCUGCCCCCACCCCACCGUGUGUCUGGGGAUGGCAGGCCUGACUGCAUGUGCCACGGCCUGGACUGCUUCCUGUGCCUGCCCUGGAUGGGACUAAGAGACCUGCCGUGGGCCAGACAAAACCCCUCUGUGGGCUGGAUCUGGCCCACAGGCUCUAUUUUGUCCACCCCUGGUGUAACCUAUUCUUUGUGAACAGAGAUGCAUACAAAUAACAGCAAAAUGCCAAAUGUUAUUGGUAUAUAAUAGAGUCUCCAAAUAGGGUAGUCUUAUUCCCUUGCAGUGAGGCUGCUCCAGGAAUGUACAAGGGAAGGAAAUUGUCUGAGACCUUUCCCCCUUCAACUCUUUGGCCCCUGUACUAAGGCUGGAUGCAAUCACACUUCCUCCCACCCCUCCAUGUUCACCAACUGCCCCCUCCUAACAUCCCUGGGUAUAACACCCCUGAGAGGGCAAGGACAGGAGGCAUAACUGUCUUGAUACAGGUGAGGAUGGUAUAAUUCAAUCUGUACAUCAGUAUAGCAGUUGGGUGCACUUACCAGAGACCUCUGUACCAUUGCUUUCCUUAGGCUGGUAGGAACCAGUAUGUGACACUCAUUUAGUGUGAGCCACUGCUGUAUAUUUGAUUGAAGUCAUAACUUAGCAUAAAAUGAAAGAAACCUAGACCAGUUUAGUUUACAGUCAAAUUAUAUCUGUGUUACAUGAUUUUCUUUCAGCAAAUCCAAUACCUCUUCAAAUGUAGUAUAAUGUAACUAUAAUGAGAAAUUCCCUUUGACUGAUGAAAAUGUUACUAUUAUUAGAGAAACAACCCUCCUAUUGUCUUAAAAUGAAAUGUUUCAACUUUUUAUUUAAACUAUUUAUUAACUUUAAGUAUGUCAGUUUUGACUUCAGUACAUAUUAAUUAUCGCAGAUUUUCCUAAAUAGCCAUAUUUAUUUGAAACUUUAUUUGUAUGGGAAAUUAUAUUUUUCUUCAUUUACUUUUUUCAUUUCCUUCAUUUACUCAUAAUAAACAAAUAAAUGAUAUAGAAUUCCAACUGAGGAAGCCAUUUCUAACCAUUCAUAAUUUUUCAUUAACCAAGGGCCAAACCCCAAAGUUCUCAUUCCAACAAAAAUCUUGGCUUUAAUUGGGAUUUUUCUAAAAUAAGGACUUCAAGGUUUGACUCUUAACUGGCUCUCAGUUACUUGCCUGUUACCAUUUUUUGCCUCCAAAAAAUUAAAUGUCUCCAUAUAUAAUGUUCUGUGUCUGACAUGCUUGCUUUUGAUUGCUUCAUUGUACACUUCCUUUUGUGGUUGUCCCUGAAGUUUUUGUUCCUUAGGUGAACAGACGUGCAUUUAUUUUACAGAAGUAGUGAUAUCAAUCUCAUCACGUUAAUGCACACCAAGAUGUUUUUUGCAUGUACUGUAAUUGAUCUUUUGACCUGAGGUUAUUGCUGUGUAUUGUUACUAAGUCAUGUCAGACAGGGCUUUGUGCCUACAGUCAGAUUAAACCAUUUCUUUUUCCUGAAUUCAAAAUGUU